AUGUUUAGAUUUCGAAGAGCAAUUAAUCUAUUUAAUAGAAAAGAUGGUUUCAUAACAAAAUUGAAAAACAAACUUCUCAAGGAUGAUGAAGAAGAAAAAUAGAUAAUUCCUCAUUAAACUAUGAAAUAGCCACUUAAUGUGAAAUAAGAGAUCGAACAGUUCAUUUCCUAAUAGACAGAAAUUAGUGAUCUAGAAAGAAUCAGAAUGAAGAAUUUAGAUAAUAAACUAGGUACAAACACACAUUUUCAUGAAAUUCAAUCAUACGAAGAAAGAUUGGAUUCAGAUAAUGUGAUGAGAAGACAAGUGUUAGCAAGAAGAGAAUUACAAAAAGAAAAAGAUUUGGCAAUUGCACAUUUAUUUGAUCCAGAUCCCCAACAGAAAGUUAAAACUCCUUGGAUUCGAAAUAUCAAUGACUUUACAUCAGAAGCCAUCAAAUAAAUUCCAUAUCCCUAGCAUCCUAAAUUGUUCUCAGAGGGAGAUUUCUUUAGAUAUUUUGAAAAGAAGCAUUAUGAAGUUGAUAAAGUUGCUCAAUUUGAUUUUUCAGAAUCCUUAUACACUUAAUUAAUUUAAAUCUAAACUUUGAGAAGGGAAGAAACAGUUAAGCAUAGAUACUUUGAAUUACUAGAUUGUUAUCAAAAUAUCCCUAUCGUAUUCAAGGAUUACACAUACUUUAGUAAGGAUUCUAAAGAGGGUCAUCCAGCUUAUAACGUAUACAAGAGAAAAAAUGAAAGUAAGACCAAAGAACUUAUUAAAGAUGAUGAUGAGUUGGUUUUCAGUGGUAAAAUAAUAGCAGAUCUAAUUCCUAAACAUUAUGAAGAUCUAAUCCUAGACAUUGAAGAAGAGAAAUUUCAAUCCUUAUACAAGGAGUUCUUGCCUAAUAAAUCUCAUGAUAUUUACGGGUGUGUAAUUGAAUAGUUAGGUUUAACUUUCUUGAUUGUUCGUUCAGAUAAAAUUCAAUUGGUUUUAGAAAAUGUUGAUAACACUUUUGCAUUUAUCGAGAAUUAUCUCUAUUAUAUUGAGAAAUCCGAUCUUGAUCUUUAAAAGUAUGUAUUGAAAUUAAACUUGGAAAAUUUUGAUUAAAGGACAAUAAUAUAUUAAAUAUCUCCUGGUGAAAAUGUUAAAAUAAAGAAUUAUGGUAUUGGAAAGGCAGCCAUUGAAGUUUAGAUGUCCAAUGAAAACAAAUUUAUAGAUUUGAAUGGUCAAGAUAUUGUAAACUAUAAGAAAGGAUAUAGAUUCAAUAUAGACCAAAACGAAGUUAAUACAUUUGUAAGCUCAGCUCCAUUAGAAGAGCAGCCAAAGGAGAUUCGAACAAGAGAAGGUCAUCUUGUCUAUGAAUGUAAACAGGGUAUUAUUAGAUCUUUUUGUGCUAAUGAUCAUUUUCUGGCAAUUUUGGAAAGAGAUUAAAGAAGCUAAAAUCCAGAUAGAUUAAUCAUUAAAAAAGAAAAGUAGAACCAUGAAAUGAUUAUACAAGAAUCUCAAUAUUCAAUUAAUUUAGAAUCUCAUUAGAUUAAGGAAUCUAAUAGUUUAUAUCUACAUUUGAUUUGCCCUUAUAAACCAUUUCAAAUACUGAAAUAUAAUAUUGACAUAAAGGCUAUAUCUUUACAUUUCUCUGAAUAAUUGCCAGGGUUUGAUUAUAAUAAUCUUUAAGUGGAAACUUUUAAGAUAUCAGAGGAUUUUAAUUUUUGUGUAUCGUAUUUAUAGGACUUGCCUGUAUAAUUUGUCGUGAUACAACUAAUAGAUUAAGAAUAAUACUAAUCCUUAACUUAAGAAGAUGUAGUACUUUAUGAGAAUGGAUGUGCAAUCUGUUAAAUCAUUGUUAAUCCUAGUUGUUAAUAAUAAGUUUUGGACAAUCUUCAAAAAGUGUUUCAAGAAGUUUCAGUACUUUCUGAUAAAGUGAUAUUAAAAACAAAGGGAGCAUUAUCUGGUUUGAUUGGGAGUUAUACACACUUCUUUGUUCAAUAAUUUUAUGCAUUUUUGUGUCAUAAUGGGUUAUUUGAUAAUUCUAAAAAGAUGAUUGAUUUGCCAAUAAGCUCUUAUGAUAUUACGAGGGUUCCAAGUUUGAGAAACACUUUUAUAAGUUAUACUUUGAAUGAUGAAUUGACAUACCAAUCACAGAAGAUGGUGGCACUGUUGAGAGAAAACAAAGACAAUUAAGUAGAUUUGAAAAAGGAGUUUGGAGUUGUAUUGUAAUAAUGUGAGUCAGAUGUAGAUGAGGCUAUCUUUAGAUUAACAUUUUUAAUGUCUGUUUUAUGA